AUGGAUUGGACGAGCGUCAUCGAGAGAGAUUUGCGCCGACUCUCUGAAUUAUCAAAAGGAGAUAUAACGAGUAUAUUGGGAUUUUUGCACCACGAUGCUUGUGAUGGAAAGUUAUACAGACUGGUUAGGAGUUCAUUUCCAUUCAAUUUAUCAUCAGGGCCUCCUAAUUGGGGUCUAUGUAGACCAAGUGAAAUUCCUUCAACAAUUUCAUUAAGCUUAUCAUAUGUCUAUCGUAAUGCAGUGGAAGCAGCAAAUGCAAAGUUGCCAAUCAAAUGGACAGAAGAACAUGUAGAGUUGUAUUUAGAAGCAACAAUAGUAAGUUGUUGGAGUUCUUUAUCAGAAAAUGAAAGUGAAAAUGCAGAUCCAGAUCUUGGAGAACUAGAAAUAGGCACAGACUUGUUGAACGAGAUUUCAUUGCAGCCGGUUGGUCAAAAAGAUUCAAGAAUAUGGGGUUUAUGGGCUGUUUUAGACUUUCUAAACCAUUCUAGAAAGCAAAAUGAAACUUUUUCGAAUGGGAGUUUGAUAUAUAAUGCAGCAAUGGAAGCAAUGAAAAGGAUUGAACAAGGUAGAUCGUAUAACUCUGAGCCUGAAGCUUUGUUAACAGCUGUUACUACGCAGUUUACAUCAAUAAUGCAAAAAAGUAAAUCUGGUGGGUCAAUUAAAUCGCCUAGAGAUGCAAAUGUGGAGCAAAUAGUAACAUUAACUCAGAAUCAAAACAUAAGUCACCAUCAUAAUAAUAGUGGAAACUCUUCAUCUGUAAUGGAAAUUACAUCGAAUAUUGAGGAUUCAUCCUCGAGUAGCACUUCAGUAAAACCAGUUGAAUCUCAUCGAGCUGCAAUAAGAUACGUUCCAUCAAAGAGAUUAGGAGGAAGGGCGCAUGUAUUUUCAUUAAGCUCAACAACAUCCUCAACAAUGGCUGCAACUCCAGCUGUAAACAAGAUCAACGACGCUACACAAUAUGGCUAUUCAUCUUCUUAUAUUGGAAACUCUCACUUAAAUAUUACUGGCUCGAAUGAUAAUAUAUAUGGUUCAAUGAAUUGUGAUCCAAAAACUCCAAUUCCCAUUAGAAGGCAAAAGAUUGACGAGCCAAACAUAAAGCUGACUGAUAAUACAAAGGCUAUACGUGAGAAUAUGAAUAUUGAUGUUAGCAAUGUUCAACAGCAAGUGAAUAGACACAGAGAAUACGGAAGGAGGAUUGGCUUUAAUAUUGAAGAAAAUGGUAAGAAUGUAGUAAACAGUAAUACUGGCACUAACAUUCAUAUUAACCAUACAAAUAUUAGUGGUGGUAAUGGUAGCAAUGCAAGCAAUUCAGUUAUGAGAAUGGAUACAGAGAGUGAAGUGGAUAUGAUGAAUGGAAGUGGCAAAAAUGAAUUGAGCCAAAAUCCUUUUGUUUGCAAAUAUUCACUCGAACCUGCCGUUAAAUACCCAGGAUACAAGUUGGAGGUAAAUGGUAAGUACUAUGAAAUAAUAUCAUCCAUACAAAAAGGUGGAUCUUCCCAGGUUUACAAAGUAAAAGAGUCCAAAACUGGUGAAAUGUAUGCCCUUAAAUGCGUAAGAGUAUUCACUAAGAACCAUGAUCACAGCAACAGCCAUAAAGAUCCUGAGGAAAAGAGCAUACAAAAGGAAGUAUGUCCAACAAGCGGAAGUAGAUCAAGAAAAAGUAUUCGUAAGAGUAUUGCAAAUAAUAGUAGCAACGGAGUAAAUGAAGAUGAAGAGGAUGAGGAUGAAGAUGAGGACGAUGACAAUGAGGAACAGCAGCUACUACUAAUGUUUACAGAAGAGGUAAAUCUAUUAAAGAAACUUAGGGGUUGUCCCCAUGUAAUACAACUAAUAGAUUCGGAAAUUGCACUUAGUUGUGGUGCCAUUGACAUUAUUAUGGAAUUGGGAGUGAAAGAUUUAAAUGGAAUCUUACAAGGAAGCACGCCAUUACCGAGUAUAAAUGUUUUGAGAUCUAUUUGGACGGAAAUGGUACUUGCACUAAAAAAUGUACACGAUUUGAGAAUAGUACAUGGAGACAUUAAACCAGCAAACUUUGUAUUUGUGGAGAAGAAGGGGACGGUCAUGGGUAAUGGGAUGGAUACUCUGGUAAAUCUUAAUAUUGAGAAUAUUAAUAACACAAAUAAUUGCACAUCCGUUCCUUCAGAACUACUUGAUGAAAGCUCAUCCUCAGUGUCGAAUAGUAGUAUAGAAAAAUCAAAACUCCAGAACAAAACUGUAAAGAUUAUAGAUUUUGGUAUUUCUAGACCAAUUGCUGAUGAUACAACACACAUAUUUAGAGACAAGGCUGUUGGAUCUUUACCAUUUAUGGCUCCAGAGACCGUUCGUCCAGUGGCAAUACCAGAGAGCAAAUUUGCAGCUGCAGCUGUUGCAUCAAAGUUAAGAAUGCCACACCAGGUAAUGUCAAGGACUGCAGAUAUUUGGUCAUUAGGUGCUAUACUGUAUAGAAUAACAUACAAGAGGCAUCUGUUUCAACAACCAAUAGUAAAUGCUAACAAAAGCUCAAAUACUGGAACUGCUGGAGGUAAGAAAAGUGGGUCAUCUGGGAAGUCAAAUAUAGCUCCUCACGAGAUAUUAAUGUUUUUGCAAAAUGACCAAAGCAAGAUUUCGUUUCCAAGAGAAAUGGGAAUCAUGUUUUCAGAGCAAGCGGAGAAUGAAUCAUUGUGGUUUGAUGCAUUAAGGCAUCUGUUAAAAUGGACGUUACAAUGGGAUCCAUCUAAUAGGCCUAAUGUAAAUCAACUUUUAACGCAUCCUUUUAUAGAUACUGCCAUUGUUUCUAGAUAUGUAAUGCAACAGAUACCAAAGAGUAUACCAAAUAAGCAUCCAUCAAUAUCAGAUGAUUAUUUGAUAUAUAAUGUAAAACACAACUCUCAGACUGAUGAGGAUAGGGCGGCUCUGUUGGAGUUAUUAUUCAAGUCAACAAUACCACUUAGUGAUUUAUACAAAUCAAAACCAAAGAACAUAUACCUUUCAUCUAUGAGGUGGAACAUUGUAACAAAUGGGAAUUUCCUCUUUUAUAGCCUAUUUGAGGCACUAAAGGCGAAUUUGAACGCAGAUCAAGGUCAGCCUCAACAAGGAUCUUGUGAACAGAGUAUGAUAAAUAAUUUGGCUAUUUCACAGUAUAUUUCACUAGUAAAAGAGGUUUCUAUCCCAUCACCUCCUUCUGUUAAUACUUUGAAUACUACAACAAGGAAUGGGAAUAUUUAA